GUAGGCAUAUGAGCUUGAGACCAUGGGAUUCCUCCUGGAAGGAACAAGUUCUUGUCUGAGUUUGGCAGUAGGCAUGCUUCGUUCCUACUCUCUCUCUCUCUCGAAUAAUCUUUGUUGAGGUGUUAUGAUGGCAUUUAGAUUAGUUUUCUUUAUAUAAAUGAAGGAGUUAAGAGUUCUGACCUUCUUGAAUCUCCAACCUGAGGUUUUCAACACCAACUGCCAUGUUGUAUAUUUACAUGUGUGUCUUUCAGAAAAGAGGAAGAGGAGGGGCCCCUUUCCAUCCGCACUUAGAAAUUUCUUACCCCCCCGGGAAGAUGGUGCCUUCAAAUUGAGAAAUGUUACAGUAUAUGUCAAUGCUAUGUAGUUACUUCUCAGAUACACUGCACCUUUCAAAUUUAUCCUUUAAAUCAGGUACAUGUUGAGCCCUAGGUUUGUGCCAAGCAUUAUUCUGGUGGCUAGGAGGGAACAAACCAACAAAAGACUCUAGUCCCAGUGAGCUUGCAUUUUAGUGAGUGAAUAUGGAGAAUAAACAAAUAUGUAAACAAGUGUGAAAUGUAAUGUCAGAGGGCAAUAAAUAUUAUAAAAGAAAAAACAUGGUAAAGGGAUAAAGAUUGGCAUAAUUGCAGGAGGUACAUUUAUUUUAAAUGGGGGGGCGGUCUCUAAAUGAUAACAGAAUAUAUAAAUGGAUUCAUGAGGUGGGAGAUCAAUAACCGUUUGAAUUUCUAGAGAGAAGAACAUUCAAAGCAGGGAGAGCAGAUGCAAAGACUGCAGGGAGGGAACGUGUGUACUUGGCCUGUUUAAGAAAUGGCAAGCAAGGGAAAGGAUUGUUCAAGAACUUGUAUUGCCUUGCAAGUUCAAAAAAAACCAAAGUUGCACAAGGCAAAAAAUAUUCAAAGGUAUAAAGUAUUUUAUGAAGAAAUGUCAUCUUAGCUCUGAUUUCCUUAAGGCAACCAGGUAGUAUGUUUUUUUUAAAAAAAGAUCUAUUUCAAAUCUUUUACGUUCAUGGGGGUUUGUGUGUGUUUGGCAAACUGAUGCAACUCAGGGAGGGGGAAGGGGUUUUAACUGUUAUUCUAACAACAAACAUUAGAUCUGUUUUUAAAAUGCCAUGGGUAAGUUUACUGCCCAGCUGGUGUUCUAACUGCCCCCCACCCCUUCCUGCUCAUUUUAAACAAUUUUAUUGUGGAGUCUUUCAAACUUUUUUUUGAAUGUCUUUUAACACUAUAUACACUGGCAUUGACAUUUUUUGCCCAUCUAAUUAUCUUUAUUGUUACUCCAUUAUCAAACGUAGGUAGAGUCCUCUCAUCAUUUGUACCGGCUGCACAACAUUUCAGUUAUAUAGCUGUCCAUAAUUUUGUCAGCCCACUUACUGGAUAUUGAGGCUUUUUUAAAAAUUGCAAUUAUAAACACUUUAUGUCAUAGUUCCAACAUCCUUACCUCUAAAUACUAUCCAUCUGUUUCCAGGUUUACUGUUAAUCUGUUUCUAGAGAAAAAACAAUGUAACAAUGCAUGCAAAGAGUUGGGGGGAAAAUCUUUGGUAGUGGGUAUAAGUAUAAUCCUAAAACACUGGUUUGAAGGUACAGAAGAAAGAAUUGGAUUUGAUGUGAGGAUGGGCCCGAAAUAAGUUUUUUGUUGUUGUUUUCCUUUUACAGCAAGGGAUCAGGGACUUGAAUUGCUUUAUCAAGAUACAGAGGCUAUCUGGGUGGGAACAUAGCUGGAGAUUAACUAGAAGGCUGUCAUCUGCUGAUCACACAUUAGCUGUGAUUGGUUAGUAAGCUCGUGAAUUUUGCAUGUGUGAUGGAACAGCACCUGUAGAGAAAACCUACACAACUCGAAAUAUUUGCAUGCCUACUAUUUGCCAAGAGGGAUGCUUGGUGCUCUUGUAUCACAAAUAGCUCAACUGACAACAGUAUUCUAAGGGGCUCCUGCAUUGCAAAGGUGCAAUUUUUCAAAGUACUUUAGCUCUUGGUGGAAUGGAAAAAUGUAUUUAAACACAAAUACUUUGAGAUUUUGAAGUAAUAAAGUUCUUUAAAUCUUAGAGCUGAUGCAGAUUGAAACUUCUGGGAAGCUAGUACUUGGUUUCAGUUGAAAAGAGGAGAAAAUAAAUGUAAUCUCUUGACUCCAGGGGAGUGAUUUGGUAUAUCAUGGCAUAGAUGUCUUUCUUGUUUAAUAGAAGUCUAGAAAGGAAACAGGCUGUUAUAAAUCUCUAAAAACUAGGUAAUCUUGUUCAGCAAAGGUGAUACUAUAUUAGUUUUGUCAUUUUCUUAGGGUGAAAGCAUUUCAUCUGACAAUCUAGCUCCAGAACCACCCAGAUUUUCACAAAGGGAUGGCAAGCUGUAAUGGAGCUGAAGUCCACACUGGUAACGUGACAGAGGUUGCUUAGCUUGUCGAUCCCUCCCCACACUUCUGUGUUUUGCCCAGUAUUCUAUUAAGAGGGCUGUAGAAUGGAGGCGUGUGAUAGAAGAGAUGAGAAAUCACUCUAUGUUAUUACCAUAGUUUUUUUUCGUGCAUUGAUCUCACUGUUUAAUUCAAAGGGGACUUCAUAUGUGGGGUUCAAAAUGACUCUUGAGCCUACUGCAUGGACAUGGCACCAUGGGUAAAAGUCCCUUUGAUCAGUUGAGAACAGAACUUCUCAACCAAUAAAAUUAUUGGGAAUUGUGUGUGUGUGUGUGUGUGUGUAUGUGUGAUUAUGAAAUUCCUAAACCAUUUUCUAAAAUGGCUGUUAUGGCUGAAUUGUGUCCCUCCUAAAUUCACGUUGAAGUCCUAACCCCCACUACCUCAGAAUGUUAACCAUAUUUGGAGAUUAGGUCUUUGAGGAAGUGAUUAAGUUAAAAUGAGGCCCUGAUCCGAUAGAACUGCUACUGUUACAAAAUGAGGGAGAUGCAGACACCGGGGGCUCACAUGCACAGAGGGAUGACCACAUGAAGAGGCAGCGAGAGGGCAGCCGUCCGCAAGCCACAAGAGGCCUCAGGAGAAGCCAGAACUGCCAUCUUGAUCUUGGACUUCCGGCUCCAGAACUAUUCACUCUGCUGAUGUCUACUGUCCUUUCGAGCCCUGAGAAGCCCCAGUUAGGUGCCAGGCAUUGCUGCAGAGACUCUAUUGCUGACUCCAUUUACAGCCUCCCGUCAGGAUCGCUCUGUUUCUCUGUGCGGCCAAGCCUUCCAGGUAGGCUUCAGCAUCCUGCUGCCCUCCCAUGGUGAAGCUGGGCUGCAUUUUCAGAUAAAGUCGGAGAAUCUGUCUGCCUCACUUCUGUGUUAAAUGCCUUUGAAACAGUUCCAAAGCAACACUACCCAGGUUCUAAUAUAGUUUGUUGAUGUUGCUUUGUGAAAUAACUCUACUAGUUACAGUUACAGUCUCCUUUCCUUAGGACUCAGUUGUAAGUCCUGCCCCGACUCUCUUUUUCCUUAUAAUUAAUGAUUUCCCAGGGGUUUCUCCAGGCCUCACGUAAAUAGAUUUCAGGAGUAUCCACCGCACCAGAUUCCAAGCAGGGAUCCCUCACAAGUGCAGGAAUCGCACAAGAGAGAAUGUGCUAAGUAACACAUGAACGGAUGGCUGUUGCAGGAGGUCCGAGGAGAGCAGAAUAUAGCGAAGGCACGUCUGGAGUAAACUGCAGAAUGAAGUCUCCGGUGGAUAUUUCAGUGUGAAUUCCUACAGUUCAACACUUCACAUGAGCAGAGCAGAUAAUGAGCACUCAAACCAACGCUUAAUGAAUUAAUUGUGGGGCAGAAAUAACCACCUGGCAGGAAUGGUGGGACGGAAGCAUUGCUGAAAAUGAGUCAGAGGGCCAGACAUUUGAGAAAGAGGCAAUAAUUGAAAUUAUAAGGGAAUGAACACUUGGAGAGAAAAAAAGAAGUAACAGAUAUCUAGCCACUAUUCAUGAGUAUAAACGUGAGACCUUCUGUUUAUACCUUGUUUAGCUAGCACUGUAUCUAGUAUGUACUUAGGUGUUUCUGUGUCUGAGCAUUGCUAUUUCCAGAAUUUUCUCUAUCUCAGAAAUUUAAAAAAUUUUCAUCUUUUAUUUGAAUUGCUCAAUAAAAUUGGAGAGUAAAUUCUGGCCUCUUCCUCUUUAUUAUAUUUUGCUUUUUAAAAAAAUCCCUAUGUCCUAGAGGUUAUAACUUCUAUCACUGUAAUAGUUCCUUCACAGUAAUGAGAUUUUUAAACAAAAUUCUGUAAAUUAGAAUGGGGAUGGAGCAGUCUAAUAGGGUGCUGCACGAAUUACAAAUAUGAGCAAGCUACAGCCUCUGCCUCAGGAGAUUCUGAUGCUUGGGAAAGCAGAGCAGGAGAUUGCAUAAUAUGAGGCUCAGAUCAGUUCACUCGGCUUUUAUUAAUCAAUCAUGACCUAAAAGAUGGGAAGAACAGUUGGCUGAUGAGAUUUCAUCCUUUUUUAAAAAAAUUAAUGUAAUAUUCAUAUAACAAAGUUACCCAUUAACCAUUUUAAAUGUGCAAUUCAGUGACAUUUAGUAUAGUUCAUCUAAUUUUUAAAAAAAGAUUUUAUUUAUUUAUUUGACAGAGAGAGGGAGAGACAGAGAGAGCACAAGCAGGGGGGGAACAACAGAGGGAGAGGGAGAGGGAGAAGCAGGCUCCUCGCUGAGCAGAGGGAGCCCGACUCGGGACUCGAUCCCAAGACCCCAGGAUCAUGACCUGAGCCGAAGGCAGUCACUUAACUAACUGACCCAACCAGGUGCCCCAGUUCAUCCAAUUUUAAAAGAGCUCUGAAGGAAGAAAAAUUUCAAUAGAGAAGGCUCUAGAGAAUUAAAGUACCUCAGUCUCUAAAUACUCCGCAUUACACUGUGCCCCAAUUCUUUCUGUUCUAAAUAGGUGCUUCUUUGGUAUGCUAUCAGUGCUGAGCAAACUGGUCCCCUAUUUAAGUUAUCUGUGACCCGCAUUUCUUUAAUAGAACUUGUAUUAAGUGUUAGUAUCUAAUAUGGAGUUCUUUCAGCCCUGUAUUUUCUUCCGUGUUUCCUCUGAUUGUAAAUUCCAUGUGGGCAGGUAAUAGACCUACUUUUGUUUAUGCUAUAACCCUAGAGGAGAGCCCAGAAUGUAUUUAGAAAGCAUAUGUUAAUGACUGAUUACCUACUACUGAUACUUUUAUUUCCAUUUAUUCCUUAGCGAUUCCCCAGCAAAGCCUGGAGGUUGCGAUUAUCCCAGGAGAGGACUCAUCAAGCUAAAUCCUGAUCAAAUCCGGACCUUUUAGAGCACCGAUGAAGGCUGCUGCUAUAAGAAUAAUUUCAUCCUUGGGAAUUACUCUCAGUGGUGCUCUGUGCAUUCUCUGAGGGCCAAGCAAAGGAGUGGACAGUUGUGUGACCUGGGAGAUGAGAGAGGCAUGGCACGAAAGCUACUGGAAUGCAGUCUCAGUGACAAGCUGUGUGUUGUCCGGGAGCAGCAGUAUGAGAUCAUCAUCAUCCCAACCAUUCUGGUUGGCACUUUCCUUAUCCUUCUUGCAGUCAUCCUGUGGCUUUUUAUCAGAGGACAAAGAGCUCAACAACAGUCUCCUGGACUCCAAGGCAUUGCCCCUGUGCCUCCAUCUAGGGGCCUAAGCUGGAAGGCAGGAGGACAUGGAGGAAGUGUGUUUGUGCCACUUAAGGAGACAUCGGUGGAAAGCCUCCUACGAACUACCACUCAUGCUCUGGCUAAGCUGCAAGUGCCCCGGGAGCAACUCUCUGAAGUUCUGGAGGAGAUCCACAAUGGUAGUUGUGGGGCCAUCUAUCGAACCAAGAUGUAUACUGGGGACCCAGCUAAGCCAAAGAGUGUUGUCCUCAGGGUUUUGAAAGAACCGGCUGGCCUCCACGAGGUGCAGGAUUUCUUAGGGCGAAUCCAGUUCUACCAGCACCUGGGGAAGCACGAGAACCUGGUGCAGCUGCAAGGCUGCUGCACAGAGGAGCUGCCGCUCUAUAUGCUGCUGGAGGAUGUGGCCCAAGGGGACCUGCUCAGCUUUCUCUGGACCUGUCGGCGGGAUGUGAUGACCAUGGAUGGCCUUCUCUAUGAUCUCACAGAAAAACAAGUAUAUCACAUCGGGAGGCAGGUCCUCCUGGCUUUGGAAUUUCUCCAGGAUAAGCAUCUGUUCCAUGGGGAUGUGGCAGCUAGGAAUAUCCUGAUCCAAAGUGAUCUUACUGCUAAGCUCUGUGGACUGGGCCUAGCUUACGAAGUCCAUGCCCGAGGGGCCAUCCCGGCUACUCACAACGUACCUCUCAAGUGGCUCGCCCCAGAACGGCUUCUGCUGAGACAAGCUGGCAUCAGAGGAGACAUCUGGUCCUUUGGGAUCCUGCUUUAUGAGAUGGUGACUCUAGGGGCACCACCAUAUCCUGAAGUCCCUCCUACCAGCAUCCUACAACAUCUCCAAAGAAGGAAAAUAAUGAAGAGACCCAGUAGCUGCACACAUACCAUGUAUGGUCUUAUGAAGUCCUGCUGGCGCUGGAGUGAGGAGAGCCGCCCCUCACUUAAAGAGCUACACUCACGCCUAGAAAUCGCCGCUCGAACUGCAAAUGACAAAGCUGUGUUGCAAGUACCCGAGUUGGUGGUGCCUGAACUGUAUGCAGCCGUGGCAGGUAUCAGCAUGGACAGCCUCUCCUACAGCUACAGCAUCCUAUGAAGAUCUUGGGGAAAGAAACAUUUAUGAGUGAUCAUAUACUAUUGGAAUGGAUUCCUCCGAGAACAGAGAAUAGCUUUCUAGUGGGACAUAAAGGGACAAAUAGGAUAUUCCCCUACACAUUUCCCUAGAUACCCAAAAUGAUGCCAGAUGAGGCUCUACACUCCAUAUACCCUGGAGACUGAGAAGUAUAGUUUCAUUUCUGCUGUCCCAAUCCUGAAGACCCACAGUAGACGUGGUGGAUAGUACCAUUGCAAAGAAAAUCUUAGAAAUCCACGUUUGUCUGGCAUUGCACAAACAAGCUGGUCCUCCCACCACAGACUGGUUUCCUCUUGAAGCAUGCUUUCAUCUAGAUUAUAGAGUCCAGAGAAGUUGGGAGUCAACUGAUGGAAUAAGGAGCCGGAAAAGAAGUUGAUGAGAAAGAAAAUCAAAAGGUUCUAUUUGCUCAGGAGUACAGACGUGGACCAAGGUCAUCCUUCAAAGAGAAGGUGGAGGAAGGAGAUAAAGUUCUUCAGUCCUGGUCCGUUCAUGCAGGACUGGAGGAGGACCAUGUAGGAAAACUUCAGAGUUUCCUUUUGGGUAUAGAUAAGAGGUAGAUAGUCUCUUUUUAUCUAAUUAUGAGACAAGUGAACUUGGCUGGAACUACUUUUAACUAGAAGCUGGAGAGGUCCAUUCACGAUUAAGAACAUUCAACAGCUAUUGUUCAUCAGACUAGCUUCCUGGUCCCCAUAAAACUAGGGAGACUGAGCCUAGAGAGCCCAUUAGGCUGUGAUGAAUAUACAGUUGACCCUUGAACAACAUAGGUUUGAACUAUGUGGGUCCACUUAUACAUGGAGUUUUUUUCUUGAUAAAUGCAGUGCAGGCCUGUAAAUGUAUUUUCUCUUCCUUAUGAUUUUUUUUUUCUAGCUUAAUUUACUGUAAGAAUACAGAAUGUAAUACAUAGAACAUACAAAAUAUGUGUUGACUGUUUAUAUUUUUGGUAAGGCUUCUGGUCAACAGUGGCUAUUACUAGUUAAGUUUUGGGGGAGUCAAAGUCAUAUGCAGAUUUCUUUUUUUUUUUAAUUUAUUUGAGACAGAGAGAACGAGAGAGAGAGCACAUGAGAGGGGGGAGGGUCAGAGGGAGAAGCAGUUUCCUUGUGAGUAGGGAGCCCGAUGCGGGACUCGAUCCAGGGACUCCAGGAUCAUGACCUGAGCCGAAGGCAGUCACUUAACUAACUGAGCCACCCAGGUGCCCCAAGAUUUUAUUUAUUUAUUCAUGAGGGACAGAGAGAGAGAGAGAGAGAGAGAGAGGCAGAGGGAGAAGCAGGCUCCCAAGGAGCAGAGACCCCGAUGCGGGACUCGAUCCCAGGACCCUGGGAUCAUGACCUGAGCUGAAGGCAGACGCUUAACCAUCUGAGCCACCCAGGCACCCUAUACGCAGAUUUCUGACUGUGCAGGGUUCGGCACACUUAAUCCCUGUGUAGUUCAAUGUACUAUGUACUAUGUGUGUAUUUAAUAAGUAGGAAAUGUGAAAGCCAAGCAAGAAUGCUUAGUAGUCCAGAAGGUCUUUAAAAGGGUUAGAAAAGGAUGUAAUCUGAGACAGAAGGAUGGUAGCUUCUGACUCAAUCAUUCGUUGAUGUACUGUGAAACUUUAUUUCAUUAAAUUAAUAUUUAUUGAGUAAAGUAGGAUUUUCUAGUAUACAGCUGCCAAAUCUCUACAAUAGGAUAAAAGUAAAUAAAUGGAAGUUAAUGUCAACAGAAAAAUUCAGGAGACAAUCUGCAUUGUCAGAAGACUGGUUCCUCAGGUGUAAAGUGGGGAUAAUACCUACCUACCUCACAGGGUUGUUGUGAGGACUGAACAAGAAUAUAUGUUUGUACAGUAUUUGGCUCAUAUGUGCUCAGUAAAUGGUAGUUUCCUUUCUUUUUGCCCCACCUAUCCUAGAAUCUUUCAUAUCUUUUUCAUUUAAAAUCUACUGUAGCCAGGGGUGCCUGGGUGGCUCAGUCGUU